GAAAAAAUACCAGAAAAGGAUAAAAUGGGACAAACAGCAAAUGAAGAUCCAAUGGAUGUCAAGAAGGAGACUCAAGAGAAAACUCAUUCAACCACAUCUUCUGUGCAAAGUGAUGAUUUUGACUGGGACAUGUAUUUGAAAAAGACUGGAUCUAUAAGUGCUCCUUCAGAGUGCUUCAGACAGUCUAAGGUUCCUCCUGCUAAUGACUUCAAAAUUGGCAUGAAAUUGGAAGCCCAUGACCCUCGCAAUAUUACUUCAAUAUGUAUUGCCACAGUUGUUGGAAUUUCUGGGGUCAGACUACGUUUACGGCUGGAUGGUAGUGACAAUAGUAAUGAUUUUUGGAAGCUUGUUGAUUCUUCAGACAUACAGCCUGUUGGAACAUGUGAAAAGGAAGGAAACUUACUUCAGCCUCCACUAGGAUACCAGAUGAGUGUAUCAUCUUGGCCAGUGUUCGUCUUGCGAAUACUAAGUGGAUCUGAGCUGGCACCUGCAACAUUCUUCAAGAAGGAACCACCAAGGCCACCUGUAAAUAAUUUUAAGGUGGGGAUGAAACUGGAAGCUACUGACAGAAAGAACCCAUAUUUCAUCUGCCCAGCAACAGUUGGAGAUGUUAAAAGAGAUGAAGUUUACAUCACAUUUGAUGGUUGGAGUGGAGCAUUUGAUUACUGGUGCAAGUAUGAUUCUAGAGAAAUUUUCCCAGUUGGGUGGUGUUGCCUGACAGGAGAUGUAUUACAACCACCAGGGAAUAAGGUGAGAGGAAGGAAGAAACAGAUUCAGAAGCUUCUACAUAUACCAGUUCCUAUUGCAAAGAAUAUAGAAAAAAUAGAAUCUUCCCCUUCUGACGCAACCCAGCAUUCAAUGCAGUCUCCACAGGAAACUGCUGUAAUACUGCCAACACAACAUCUCGGGAAAUCGUCUCGAAAUAAACCAUCUGGACGUACUCAAGCCCCUAAGAAGGGCAGUUCUUAUAAAAAUAUCGCAACAAAGAAAAAAGGUGAAAGCUCAGGAAAAAAGGAAAAAUCUAUUCCUGUCUUAUGUUCUACAUCUACAACCUCUCUAAGAACACUGGCAAGAAUUUCACAUGAUAAGAAUAUCAAUCCUGCACCAUCAAAAAUCGUGAUGUCCACAGUUUGUGUCUAUAUAAACAAACAUGGAAACACUGGCCCUCACCUGGACCCAAGGAAAAUCCAGCAGCUGCCUGAUCAUUUUGGCCCUGGUCCUGUGAAUGUGGUACUCCGGCGGACUGUGCAAGCCUGUGUGGAUUCUGCCUUUGAAUCAAAGACUGUUUUUGGAUUUCUUAAGCCAGAUAAUCGUGGGGGAGAAGUGAUAACUGCCUCCUUUGAUGGGGAAACUCAUUCCGUCCAGCUGCCUCCGGUGAAUAGUGCAUCCUUUGCUCUUCGCUUUCUUGAGACUUUGUGCCAUAGCAUGCAAUGUGAUGACCUUUUGAGUAGCAAGCCUUUCAGCUCUUGCAGGGGUAAUACCCAAAGCACUGUAGAGCAUGAUAAAAAUAUAUCAGUGAAACAAGAAAUACCAGAAAAGCAAAGCAUGAAACGAUCUCCUCAGCAACCUGUGCCUUGUACUGUUCCUCUCUCUCCUAAACAGCCUAAAACAAUGAUGCAUGUUUGUAAAGAAGAACCAUUGUCUCCUGAGGGAAAAGACAUGCCCAAAGAGGAGGAGCUUGAAAAACUGAAGAAUGCAGCAUUAAGUUCAGGAGAUCCUUUGAGUCCUCUUCUCUUCAGCAGUCUUACACAUACUUCAGUCCAUGGGGACUUUCCUCUAAAUGAGCCAAGCACCUCAAGUUCAACACUAGCUGAGCCCAAGUCAUCUUCCGGGAGCAGUUGCUAUGAAGUUCCAACUUAUAUAGCUGAACCUGAACCCAGUGUCGUGAAACAAGUCUUACCUGAGGACCCUUCAACCUGGUCUGUGGAUGAAGUGAUACAGUUUAUGAAUCGUACAGAUCCUCAGAUAUCAGGCCCCCUCGCCGACCUCUUCAGGCAACAUGAGAUUGAUGGGAAAGCUCUGCUUCUACUCAAGAGUGAUGUGGUUAUGAAGUACAUGGGACUGAAGCUGGGGCCAGCAAUAAAGCUUUGUCAUUACAUUGAAAAACUUAAAGAAGGAAAAUAUAAUUGAAAAAAGUCAGUUUAGAUUAGACAUAAUUCUCAGGUGUACUGAUAACAUUUUAAUUUAAAAGUAGUUUUCUUAGCAGUCUUUGUUGCAUAGAAAGUUCCUUUAAAAAUGUCUUGUCAGAAUUGCUAAAUUUCAGUAACAGUGCAGUCUACUUUUAAAAGCAUUUAGCAUGCUAGUAUUAACAUACUCAAAUUGGUAGCUCAUUUGUGUCUCUAUUAUUUUGAUUGUAUAUUUUACAAAUGUACUUCCUGUAGUAAGCAGAGAACCCUUUGAUUUGGUUUAAUCUUUAUAUUUAGAACCAAAACAGCUAAAUCCCAAAGAGGAAAAUGAUAGAGAUUUGACAGCUUCUACAAUUAAACCCAUGAGAAUUUUUUCUCAGAAGAAAAUUUAAAGAUGUACCUGUAGCUAUUGAUUCUUUCUCAAAUAUUUUCUCUCCAAUUCUAUAGUGUUCUGUUCAUCUUUUAAGAAUUUCUACAAAAGAAAUAGCCAUAUAAAUUAUUUUCCUUUCUGUUAUUAGUUCCUUCAGUAUUGUAUUUGUUCAUAUUUAAAGGAAAAAGCAAGCUUAUAAGGAUUCAUAAAGUGUUCUUACCUUUUUUUUAUAAUUUUUAAAAACAGCUGAUAGAAUGAUCAUUUUGUGCACGUGUUUAUACUACAAGAGUGGCUUGGAUCGAAUAGGAUUACCUUUUUUCACUAAAAUACAUAUAAUUGUAAACCUAUAUUUUUUGCAAAGAUUGGAUACUUACUAGGCAUUCAUUUCACAUAUCUCUAUAUCUGUGUCCAAAUUUUUAAGAGAUAUAUAUUUUAUUGUAUGUUUAUUUCUCAUAUGGAUACUUUACCAUAUUUAUAUACUAUUCUAUUCUUAUAGGUAUACACGUGUAAAUGUUUUCUUUUUGAAUUUAAUAUGGCACUUUGCACUGCCACAAAGGGAAGAGUGAGCUAUGAAUAUAGUUAGAUGUUUUUAUUCUACAAAAAUAUGUGCAUCAUUUGCCAUCACCAGUACCUCUCCGCUUACUCUUCAGGUGAUGAGAAACAAUCGGUAGAUUGGUUUCCGUGCAGGGACAUUCUCUAUCCUAUGCAAUGUUUCUUACUAAUUUGCUUGGUUCUGAGCCAUUUAUUCUGCUACAUUUUGGAAGAUACUUUAGUUCUGACUACUUUGGUCUGUGAAAGUUAGAACUUUCAGGGGGAAAUGGUGCUAUAUGUUUAUUGUUACUACUUGGGUAAUAUUAAUAAGCUAUGAAAAAGUAUUAGCCAUUUGUUUUAAAUGCCAAUAAAAUGUUCACCUGGGCAAGAAUGUACAUUUUCUUCCUAGAAAGCUAUGUGUACUUUAGAUAAGAAUCCUUGUUUGAAGGAUCACGUCAUCAAUGUUACUUCUUAUGUUAUGAGACUAUAUUCUUACUUAAACUUGGUCUUCUGUCAAAUUGUUUGUAUGAAGAUACUGUGCCCAUUUGAACAGUCCUCAGGUGUUUAUAUAAAUAGUGUGUUUUACAGUUUUCAUAUUUUAAAAUAUAAUAAAGUUAAAUAACUGCAGCAGUG